ACUUAUGUCAAGAUCUCGUUCCCCACUCGAUGCUAUAGAUAAUCAAAGUGACAACACUAGUAAUCUUGAAACGGAACAUAAGAUAAGGGUAUCUCAGGUUUAUAAUCAAAAUAAUAACGAUACAAUUACACAAGCGAUAGGACCCAUGGUUGUGCCAAAAGCCGAACAGGAUGAUUCGGAUAUGAUGGAAUCAAGAGAUUUGAGAUACGAUCGACAAGAACAUCUAAUGCAACAACAUCAGAUGCAGCAGCAACUACAGCACGAACAACAUCACCAACAACAAUUACAUCAACAGCAAUUGGUGCAGCAUUUUGGGGGCAACUAUGCAACUCAUCAUUCGAUAUUGGCAAGUCAAAACAAUUCACCUUUGAAUAGUCAAGGAUCACCAUUGGGCCAGGGUCCUUCGCCACAGGCUGCGGUACAAGGUGUGGCAAAUGUUCAACACAACUUGACAUCAGCUUCGCAUCAAUCACAAUAUUCACCCGUUAUGAUGAAUCGGUUUAGAAGAAGAGGUGAACGUAUGUCUAAGGAUCAAAAAGAAUUAUAUGUGAAAUUUUUCGAAGAAAAUCCAUGUAUGCUAACCCAACGACGUAAUGAUGUUUUAUUAGAACCAUUAUGGAAUAAAUUAGCCAAUUUGCUAAAUAGUGUUCCCCAGGGGGCUGUAAAAAAUGUAGAAGAAUGGAAACAGACAUUCGAUGCAUGGCGGUAUCGUGUUUUCAUGUAUACCCGUUAUAAUAGUAAAUUAGAAGGAGCCGCCGCCCAAAACCCCAAAAACUAUAAACCACUCACGCCCACCGAUCAACGAGCCUACGCCAUGUGGACUAGUCAUAAGAGUACAGCGCCCCAAGAUUUUGAAAAAAUGGAAAUGUUUUCAUCCUUGGACGAAUCGCAAGCCGACUAUGAUUACUGACUACGACAUUUACAAAUGUCUUCCUCUUGGUGUCGAAAGUGCUAAAGAAAACUCCAAGUUAUCUUUAGUUAGUGGCAUUUCUGAGACGCC